AUGAAAAAAUACAAGACCAAACAAGAUUCGACGAAGGCUGCUGGGACUAAGAAGACCGUGAAAUAUACUUUUAAAAAUACUGAUGCUUCAGACAUAGAAAAAGAGGAAAAUAAAUUAAUUCGGUAUGGUAUCCAACAAGCAUCCGUUGUUCCUUCACUAAAGCGGCUCGACGGAACACAGUAUAUCUUGCUGGGAAGCCUCAAUAUCCUCACACUGUACUUUAAAAUCGUACAUGUGUACAAAGAUAUGUUGUUAUCUAUUAAAUACACAGACGUUAUUCAAGUAAUAUUUGAUUAUUUUCAAUAUAUUGUUGAUUUAUACUUUAUUUUCAAAUACAGUAACAAUAUGGAAGUAUAUUUGAGAAAUUAUCGUAAAAUUGACGAAGCUCUAGGCUGCGCGUAUAGUCCUGAAUUAAAGCGAAAGCUUUUGAAGUUAGUUUUGAUUUUCGGCUCAUCGUGGACCCUUACAUGUGCUUGCGACUUUUGGGCUUGGUGGUACUGCGCUGGAUUAGAAGUAUCUUUAGUGUUCUCCAUAUCAUACAUUUACAUAUUCAUCAAAGUUUUGACCAGUUUGGACUUAACAUCGCACGUUUUGCAAAUCGAGUUUCGCUUACGAAACAUUGCAGAAAAGGCACAAACAUGGCUUGAUACAAUUAAGCUCAGGAAGGAUUCAACCUUAAAGAUGAAGCUGUAUACUCGUUCAGAUGUUAUAAUAGAACAUUCGUUAGAUGAUGUUGAAUUUAAUUCAGCGGAUAAUUUGCCUAAAUUUAUAUUAUUAAGUAAGUCGUAUCUUUGGCUCUUAGAACAAGUAAACUUUAUCAAUGAAGUGUUCGGAACAAGGAUAUUAUUGAACAGCGUAAGUUUACUUAUAGAUAUUGUUAGGUUUACCAACAUUGCCGCCAGGAUUCAUCUUGGAUCACAGCAUUUAAACAGAAAUUAUGUUGGCAUUUACCCUGUAAUUUCCACAAUUAUGAGGAUCAUGCUUUGCAUUGCUAUACUCGUCAGCAUGGUUCACCACUGUGAGUUAUCUUAUCGGCAAAGAGACAGAAUAAUACAUAUCAUAGACCACUUCAAUAUCAUCAAUGAAGCUAGACAAGACACAGGAUCAACACUCGACGGUUUACAAAGCCUUGUGCAAUCAAGGCGUAUAGACUUUCACAUGUCCAGCCUAACUCAGCUUAAUUAUUCUCUUCUGAGCUCUAUGGCAUCGAUCGUUGUUACGUACACUGUUAUAUUAUUGCAGAGUGUUAAUUAGAUAUAAUAUAUCUCAACGAAAAAUUUGAAAAAAAAUUAUAAGUGAAGUGA